AUGGCUGGCCCCUUUGUUAUUGAUACGUUUGAAACUCCUGGGUCAAAUAAUAUUGGCGCAUGGGCCGGGGCAGAUGAAGGCAUGCCGGCUGAAUAUGGUCCGGGUUAUUUGAUACUCUCUCCGACAGACGCAGACAUGAACUUUCACACCAAAGUUUCGCCUACCUGCCUAGACUUAAGCCAUCAUGCGGAAAUGUAUCUGCAUAUUUCUUUCUCUGGGACCGAUAAGUUCUCUAUCUCGCUUACCCAGAACAAUGAAGACUGUGAUCCAUUGAAGGCUCCUUAUCCUGAGACAUGGGACUCUUUGGAGGCAUCGCGUUACUCGACAGGAGAGAAUAUCUAUAUCCCCAUCAACCACUUCAACAUUGAUCUCACGCGAGCAAACUCCAUCGCGUUCCAUGGAUUUUAUACACAAGAAUCCGUGACCUUGUACACGGUUGAGAUUAUUCAAAGCGUUCCUGAAAAAUUUGAAGUCCCGAGGAAACUUCCCAGUGGGCUUAUGACUCUAAAAUGCAAAAGGCCAAAUUCUUUUGCUUUUGGUAUCGAUGAUGGCCGUCCUGACUUCGCAAAAGAGGUGAUGCAAAUUUUAGAAGAAGAAAAUAUCAAGGUCACUUUCUUUACAGUCGGAAAUGGGCUCUUAGAUCCGACCGCCAACUUCACGGCGAUGUACCAUGAGAUGCUUUGGCGUGGCCAUCAGGUAGCAUUACAUACCUUCUCUCAUCCCAAGAUGGAGGGACUCGCCACAACGGAGGAAAUUGAUCGAGAAAUAAUUGACAACAUUAGAGUGAUGCGAGAUCAGUUGGGGAUUGAAAGCAGAUAUUUCCGGCCACCAUUUGGCGUUGUUGGCGCGAGGACUAGGCAGCGCCUGGCGACGUAUAUUGAGGAUCCAUACAUUGUUAAUUGGAGUGUCGAUAUUGAAGAUUGGCUUUGGGCAGGUUCGAAGACUCCAGAGAAGCAGCUUGAAGCUUUUAAGCGAGAUCUCCAAAAAGGAGGUGACAUUGCGGUGAUGCAUUUCUUGCAUCGUUCAACAGUGGAUUAUUUCAGAGCCGUUUUCCGAUUAGUAAAGGAAAGUGGCAGGCAGAUCAUGCGAGUCGAUCAAUGCAUGAAUGAUCCAAAUGCACCUCCGCUGUAA